ACGUCAUUGCGGACGUGUAGUUCAGAUCUUUGUAUAUGGGGGUUAUUGCGCUGAUGAUGAAUGGCUCGGCUUGCGUGUUGUACGUGACUGCGUGUAAUGUGUUUUGGUGAAUUGUUGAUUUAGUAUUUAAUCAGUCAGGGAAGUUGGUUGAGGCGCAACAAGGCUCGGGCUUGAAUUAGUGUUGCUAGCUAACGUCCAGGACAAGUGGAUUUGUCUCGUGCUAUAUGAUGCCUCAGGACAACAUGAGCUCCCUGAUUCAGAGACUCGCCCGACAGGCGCUCACGACCUUCCGCAACCGGGCUAGUGAGGAAAGCAAGGCGUUUGUGGAGAACCAGAGCAAGCUGAGGAGCCUGCUGGGGGAGGUCAGGGCGGCGGAUCUGAAGAUUGUUCCUCGGUGUGUGGACAGCAGCUGUGUGUCCCCGCAGCUCCUCGGGCCGCCUGUCACCUACAUGCACAUCUGCGAGACGGACUCGUUCAGCAUGGGGGUGUUUCUGUUAAAGCACGGCUCUUGCAUCCCGCUCCACGACCACCCAAACAUGUACGGCAUGCUGAAAGUGCUCUACGGCAAGGUCAGGGUUAGUUGUUACGACAGGUUGGACUGCUCACCCGACAGCGCUAACGGGAGACACUUUAACCCCCCGCUGCUCCCCUUCCAGAAAAGCGGCAUGCGGCUGUCCGUGCAGCGGUCUGUAGAGGAGUACACAGAGGACAGCCCCCCGUGUGUCUUAUCCCCCUACAGGGACAACCUGCAUCAGAUCGAGGCCGUGGACGGACCCACCGCCUUCCUUGACAUAUUGGCACCACCUUACGACCCAGACGAUGGCAGAGACUGCCACUAUUAUAAGGUUUUGCAGCAGGGUCUGGAGAGCGCUGAAAGGACGGCGGGGGGUCAGGAGCAGACAGAGCUGUGGCUCAUGGAAAUCCCUCAACCUAGUGAAUUCUGGUGUGGUGCUGAACCUUACCCUGGGCCAAAGGUUUCUCUAUGAAGGAAUCACCACCUCGACUGAAAGACUUGGCGGGUCUCUGAAAGCCUGAUUUCUGCUCGUCCUGGCAUUGUACUGUCCUGACAACAAGCUGGACUCUGUACUCUGCGAACAGCCACAACAUUUUCUGACCUCUCAUCGACCUGUUGCUGUGUCUCACCAGUACAAUUGUGAUCUAUCUGGCAAAGACUGCCUCUUUGCCCGAUAUGCUAAUGUACAUAAACAUUGGAUGUUUCAAAGCUAAAUGCUCUCUAA